GCAACUUCAUUCACCGCAAGGAGCCCACCCCAGAGCUGGAUCGCGAUUUGGAUAUGUCUACCAGGAAGUGGCUCCAGGAGCGUGGAAGGGACCCCAGGAGCAUGUCGAAGAGCCCGACGCCUCCAGCUGAUCGUGCCCGGUACUAAGAAGUUGCAAUGCUGCUGUUUUGCGUCUGAUCUAUCGAUUGCUUUUCACUCUCAGCGCCUUAUGUCGAAGGCCACGAGGUCGCGAUGGAGUGGAAGCGAUGGGUGGAUUUGGAACGCUUGCUUGCUUGCUGCUCUAUUGUUCCUACCGUUCGAUACUAACACUUUUCCUUGUAGAGAUGAUUCACCCUCAUCUUCUCCUCCUAUGAAAGGCAUCGAGAAGCCUGGCCGCGCUGACACACCCGUUGAGGACGACCAUCAUCCAGGCUCCAACCAAGACAUGGAUCGCAGUUCCAAGCAGGAAGAUCAAGAACCCGAUUACAUCCGUCUACCAACCCCAACCAACGAAGGCUCCUCUCCCAUUCUUGACCUCAAUGCUCGUUACUUUGAAAUCGGCUGGCGAAACGUCCCCAACUCGUACGCGUGGAUCUGGUAGAUGCCCAAGGGCGCACGGCAAUUAGGAGCACCCCCACAACCCAAACCUGCCGUCACCUUCUCCUACCAGCAAUCCACUUUUGGUUGGCCCAUGCCCUUUCACCAAUUUCCCUGCCCCAGCUUUGCAU